AUGACUCGUACUGCUCGUGCUACCUAUCCCAGAGCCGCCCUCAAAGACAGAUCUCAAUCUCGGUCCGGUAUGGACAAGAGUUUGAAGAAGGACGGCGCUGGUAGAGGCAACUGGGGCAAGCUCGGUGAGGUUGGGUACGACGACGACGACGAGUACGACGAAGAAUCUUAUGAAGCGGAGACCGCGAAUCUGGAUGCCAGUGAGACAGGUAGUGAAGGUAGUAUAUUCAUUGCCACCUUCUCUUCACCAAACUCACGGGCUUGCUUACGAUCAGCGUCGUCUACCUUGGAACCCAAGCACUCCGUCUCGGACCAGAAAGAGGUUGAGGCUGCCCGAGCCUUCAGGAAGCGAGCUCUAAGUGGUACAGUGGACCUAUCUAGCAUUGCUCGCACCUCGGUCGCAGUCUCUGGCUCUCCGCCCAAAGCUUGA